AUGCGGCCCUACGUGCGCGAGAUGAUAGGGCACGCCUUUAACUCCUACAUUAAGUAUGCCUUCCCGAAGGACGAGUUACGCCCGGUGAACGGGGCAGGGAAGAACACCAUGGGCGGCUACGGGUGGACG